CCUGAUCAGCGUCAUUGUUUUAUUUUUCUCUCGUCUUCCUCCUUUUCUUCUUCUUCUUCUUCUUCUCCUCCUUCUCUUUCACACCUCCACUUUUUUUCCUUCCCUCCCUCCCUUUAUCUUACUCAGUGCGGCUACUUCCUCUUUUUGCUCCAGAAAGAGUUGAAGUUCUUUCAUUCCUCUCUCCCCUCCCCACAGAUCACAAUGUGUCUGUGCACGCCGCCCUUGCCUCUCGCCGCAGCACAAGGUUUCGCAGCGUCCGCCAGCUUCGUUGCACGUCGUUCAGUCGUGCGCCCACGUGGUGAACUCGUUGGGCGGAGAUGCUAGUUUCAUCGCCCUCACCCUCCGCCGCCUUCCAGCGCCCAUCUCCCGCCUCUCCUCAUUCGCACCAUCCUCCUCAUUCUUCGCAUUCUCAACCCUCCAUCCCUUUCUCCUCCUCUGCGGCCUCCUCAUCCUCUCCUCGCCCGCGUUCUCGUCACCCUUCGAUCACGGCAUCGUUUUCUCCACAUCACCAGUAUGAGCCCUCCGGGCCUGUUCUUGCCGCAUCGUCCAGUCAUCGUUACGAUCCCCAUUCUCCCCGCGCGGCCAUCGAAGAGCUGCGAUCGGCCCUAAAUCGGCACACCGUUGGCCAUUCCCCUCAGGGGCCCUCAGGGGAUCUGCCUCGCGGUCGGAUGUUCGCCGGGCUGACCUCCUCUGGGGGCGGAAGUAGCAUCACGUCCGACGCCGCCAUUCCCGCCUCCCACCACCACCACCACAGCAACAAUCACUCUCACCCUCACCCUACUGCUCCUUCGCAGCCAUCUGUUCCUGCAGCCGCCGCAUCCGCUUCUUCCGCCCCUGCCCCCCCUGUCUCCCAUUCAUCCGCUACGCCCCCUAUGCCGGCCCCCAAUAGCGCUGGCUCAGGGUCCAACAAGCGCAACAGCCCCAAUGACCCAGCCGUCGAUGGGACGCGGCCCGCAGCUUUGGGUCAUGCGGACCUCGAAGGCUCUCAGGCGAAACGCUUACGCCCGGAAAAGCCCGCCGUCAAACUCCUUCCGGCUCGUUACGAGUUGGCCGAUGCCCGAGAUCUAGUGGUAUUGAUCUCCAGUAUGCUGAUGGAGCUGAUCCGAUUCAACGACAAGAUCCCCCUCCACCAAGGCCGACUGACCCGCUUCCACUCCCGAACACCGCCCCGCAUCUCCGUUCAAGACUACUUGCAACGACUCACGACCCACGCCACACUCUCUCCUCCAAUUCUGCUUAGCAUGGUAUACUAUAUUGAUCGACUCUGCGCUAUGUAUCCGGCUUUCACUGUUUCCAGCUUGACGAUCCAUCGAUUCUUGAUUACCAGCGCCACGGUAGCCAGCAAGGGAUUGAGUGACAGUUUCUGGACUAACAAGACCUACGCACGGGUGGGGGGCAUCAGCAUGACUGAGUUAGCAUUGCUCGAGUUGGAGUUCCUCUUCCGUGUCGAGUGGCGAAUUGUCCCCGAGCCGGAAGUACUCGUGGACUAUUAUCAGAGCCUGGUAGAACGAUGCGAAGGGUAUGCGAUUCAACGCGAUAGUUGAUUCCUGCAGGUCCCGGGGAUCUUGGUCUUUCAACCGCUUUACUCCUAUAUGCAUUGCCUUGGCAUCUGAGGUUUGGAGCGCACCCCGCAUUGGGGUACAAUCGGGGGCGUUUCGAUAGUGUCUGUACGAGUACAUACAUACACAUACACGGGGCAUGGAGUUGAUAUUGUUUUUGUGCAUGGAUACGACGACGACCAAGUGAUUUUAUAUCCAUAAGGCUUUGUUUGUGUUUCUCGCGCUUCUCUUGUUCGUCCGAUCAUAAGUCUUGUACAGCUCACAUUUUUUUCAAAUUCAUUUCGAG